AACCCAAAGGUUGUUGCAUUGCAAAUAAUUUGCAAUUCAUACACAAGUUGGCAUUAAACGAUGUACUGAAGUUGAACAGCAAAAAGAAAUCAAACGUGUCCUGCCAACAGUUCCCCUCGUCCUACCGAGCAACCUUUACUGGAUGUCCACCCCAUUUCAUCCCAUCUGCACGGUUCUUUUAAAUGUCUUUGCAUACCUAAUGCGAACAACCGGUCGGUAGGAUUUUCAUCUCAACUAAAGCUCACCGACCUGGCCCGGAUCACGGAACCAAACCACCAAUAAAGUCACUCCCCCACCGUACGAUCGACAUGGGCAUCGGCUUUUCCUUUCGGCCAACUACACCCAAUAAUUAUUCACGUUUCGCCGAAUGGAUCUUGGACUUUUUUUUGUUUUGUUUUGCAGAAAACUGUUUGUACGCAUUCGCCUGUCAAAAUGUGCAGCGAAACUGACUCCUGAACGGGGCGUCACUGACAGCGUAAGUAAGCAGACGAACUAAUUUGCCCCAUCAUCCGCCGACGGUCUGCGGCGUUGGUCUUGCGACGCACUCAUCGUAUUAAAAUGUUGCUGCACGGUACUCUUGCACCGUUUCUUCUCGAUGCCGGUAAUAAGGAAUCCAUUUAAAUACCUAUUAAUUCUCUGCCAUCAACCCGUACAACAAGCUAAGGAAGCUUUCAUCCUUAGUCGCUGUUUGGGACGUGACUUUUCCCCGCUGCUUCUACAGCCUGCUGACGAGGGUGUGGACAGUGCUCUCUCGGCAAUCCUUAUUUUGUACUGUACUUACACAAAGGAGAAGCUGUUUGUCUAUUUUAGAAUAAAUUAAUUGCAAUUCACCUGUCGCACGCUGCUGGUAGUCAUUCAUCGCCCUUUACGCGUUUUGCUUUGAGCUAUUUUUUUUUUGCAUCUUUUCCACUCUCAAUGGCGCAUCUCCAAACGAACCGCAUCCGCGGAUAGCUGCGAAUAGGGAUUUUCACUAAUUUUUUGCGUUUACUCUUUGCACCGGUUUUUGCGAUCUGUGUUGCGUGGAUGCACGAUUUGCGUACGAAACGGCACAGAAGAUGUACAGUCGGAUGUCCUUCGUAAAUAGAUUUACAUUUAUUAUCCCGAAUCAAUUGAAUAACGCUGCCACAGAAGGGGCCCAUUUGGAUGGUGGAUGCUUAGAAAGGGAAUGUGUCUCCGAAUGUUGUUUCGCAUGGAGCAGAAAAUUGAUUCCCAGACCCAUUCACGGUCGUGCGUUUUAAUCUCCUCUGCAGUUAUGGGAGUGUAUGUUUUUGUUGUUUCUUCUAUCGUUCCUGCAAUGCGCUUUUGUGGGAAAUGUUCUACAUUCGUCUUUGUUUCCGUGAUCAAAUUUUCAACAUUUCAUUAGUCUCGGUGCGGGAGUGGUUUUGUAGCGACACUCAUUCAUUAUUCCCUUCAUACGUUACACAUGGGCUUAUGAAUAGAUAGGCUUUACGCUAAUAAAUACAUGCCUGGAUUUAUGCGCACUGAUGGGCAAAUGUUUUUUUUUUUGUUGGGAAAAUAAGUUCCCUCACGACUAAGACUCUUAGUGGAAUUGUUCGUUUGUUGGGGUUUUAAUAUAAAUCGAUAAUACUAUGGGGAGUUUAGGUUCUAGAAAUUUAACAUCGAGACAUUUUAAAUAAAAAUUUAAAACCAUCCCUCUGCUCGUCAGUGAUGGAAGCGGCAAAUAAGCAGGUCACGAUCAUCGAGUGAUCUUGAAUCAUUGUUCAUUUAUUAUCAGUCAAAGAUGACCUUUGCUGAAUUUAAACAGGACUAUAGACCUUUCGCAAUAAACAAUUUUUUAUGGCAUCAUAAAUUCAAAUAAAAAUAAAAAUUAAUUCUAAAACAAUUUUUUUAAGUCUUUUGACAAUAUGUGAAUUUUAAUAACAAAAUAAUGUUUUAAAACUAAUUAUUUUUUGACCAUUUUAAUAUUGCUCCUACUCACUAUGGAACCGGAAUAAAGAAUUACAUUGGCACGGAAAAAAAUAUAUUCAUCACUUAUCACUUCAGUCACUUAUUAAUUAUCACUUAUCACUCGAAUUUGUUUAAAUUUUGCGUGCUGGUUCGCUUGUUCAUCGAAUUCUGAACCAUUCGCAUCUCAGUGAUUGUUCUGCAGUGCAAUCAAAAUGUUCCAAUCCGGAUUAUUUGUUGUGGUGGUUAUUUUAACUCUUGCUGGUCCAAGUUUCGCUACAGAGACAGAUGUUGCACCCGGUACUAUCUGCCGCGUCGAGAGUAACUUUGGACGAUGUGUACAUUUUAAGAACGAUCCGAAAUAUAUGAUCCUGCUGCUGAAGAGUACACGCACGGAGGUGGAUGAUGCGUACCUGUUGCGACAUGUUUGUGAUCGUCGGAAGGGUUUAACUUGUCGGACGGGUUCGGUGAAUGAUGAGACAUGCGGUAUGCAGAUGGAAAAUCGUAUCGUUGGUGGACAACGGACCUCCAUCGAUCAGUACCCGUGGAUGGCGCUGCUACAGUACUACAACCAGCGAAAGGGAACGAAAAAAUUCGCCUGUGGUGGAGUGCUACUCAAUCGUAAAUAUGUCCUAUCGGCAGCACACUGUUUCGUACGACUUCCAUCUGGGAUGGAGCUACAUAAAGUUCGUCUUGGCGAGUGGGACACCGACUCCGAUAUUGAUUGUGAAGAUCUGGAUGAUGAGCUGUCCUGUGCUGCACCGGUGCAGGACUUUGGCUACGAAAGAAUCAUCAUUCACGAGGGUUACGUCGGUAAUAAUGUCGAUCGUGCGAAUGAUAUUGCACUGAUUGAACUCGCUGGACAGGCAGAGUACAAUGCAUUUGUAAAGCCUAUCUGCCUCCCGGAACCAAGUACACCGAACAAAGAGAAGCUAUACUUUGGAAAUAUGUGGGCUGCUGGAUGGGGUCGAACGGAAACAGCUACUGGAAGUCGGUACAAGCUAUUCGUACCACUUGAUGAGUUUGAUUUUCAAAAUUGCAAUGAAACGUACCAAAGGCGUGUGAAGCUUUCGCUCACGGAUAGCCAAUUCUGUGCGAUGGGAAGCCCGGGCAAAGAUACCUGCAAUGGUGAUUCUGGUGGUCCGCUUAUGAAGCCAAUCAAAUCACUACACUACGUCGUGGGAAUUGUAAGCUUUGGGCCGCAAAAGUGUGGUAGCGGCGUACCGGCCGUCUAUACACGGGUGGAUAAGUUCUACGAUUGGAUAGCAGGUCAUAUGGUGGAGUUUGAAAAUUAAGUUACUUGGCCGUCGAGAGUAAAGGUGUAUUUUUAAAAGA